AUGUUAACCGACUGUGGGUGCUACUAUGUGCGAGGCAAAGGCCCUCAUACUGGCUAUGCCCAGUAUCUGCCGCAGGUCUCGCUCAAAGCCCAUGCCACUAUCGUUUCCUCCGCGGCCAGCACGACCUUGACCCAAACCUUCGUCAACCCAUCGAUGCGCAUUCUGAAAGAGGUUUGUUACACUUUUCCUCUUUAUGAUGGCGUUAGUGUUGUCGGGUUUGAAUGCAAGGUUGGAGAUCGCCUAUUACACAGCAAGGUUAAGACCACCGAACAAGCGGACAAGGACUACAAGGAUGCCAUCGCCAAGAAGCAGACUGCUGCUAUCAUGGACCAUACCUCUCAAAACGACGUCUUCGUCAUACGUCUUGGCAAUGUUCCUGCUCAAGAGAAGGUCACAGUUGACAUCACCUUUGUUGGAGAGUUGAAGCAAGACACUCAGACAGACGGUAUCCGCUAUACACUUCCAACUGUUAUUGCUCCUCGUUACCGAAAUCAAAUGCCAUGGAGCCUGACCGACAUGUCCCCACUUGGCUAG